GAUUUAUAAACAUUCUUUAGACAAAAUAGUAUCUGUAUCAGUAUUUUUCGGAUUAUUUAUUUUUGUAUUAAAUUUUAUGUAAAAUUCGACAAAAAAACCACCAAAUCUUCAGUGUUAUCCAAACAUUAGUAAAGGACAGAGAACUGCAAUGGACGAUAUACGCACUUUGAAAUACGAAAUCAAGUGGGAUGAGUACGAAGGGAUGCCAGUAACUGACAUCAACUUUAAGCACUACGACCUGGUGAUCGAUUUCAUGUGGGAGAACUCCUUCCUGAAGAGCAUGGUCUUCGAGGGUCUGGGCCUUUUCGAAGUGGAGGGAAUGAGGCAGAUCUACUCGAACUAUGUGCGGCACAUUCUGCAGAACGAGUGCUCGGUGAUGAUGCUCAGUGCAGAUGAGACGGAGAUAAAGGCCGUGGGCCUGCUCGAAUGGAUGACAGAGGAGUGGCAUUCCUGGGUUUUCCUGCCCUCGUCCAUACCCAAGUGCCUGUUCAAGCAGGUGAUCAUGAUGAAGCAGGAACUUGUGGCAGCCACCAAGGAGAAUCUUGGCUUAGCCGUCUACGAUUCUCUCACCGUCCACGAGAUCGGCUUCCCCGACGACCUGUGCUUCAAUAGGGACUUCCUAUUGUGCAUGUUCGACACCUUCGGUGCAGUUGCUCAGCACAUGCACAUGCCCCGAGUAUGCUUCAUAGCCCUGAGCACCGUGGAGCAGGCUGCGGCCAGCGUUGUCGAGUACGACGAAAUCGGACGCACCAUUUACUCCAUCUACAAGGUGGGGAGUAGCCGACCCUUCGAUAUACUCCGUGAGCUGGACGAGAUGUACGCCCUGAUCUUCGAGCUGCCCGUCAGUCCGAUCGUGCAUUACAUGGAUAUGCCCGGAUUCGAGGCGUUCCACGAGGCUCUCGCCGCAAAACUGGCCAAGGAGGCCGCAGAGAAGCAGGAUGAUGCGGAAUUCUAGAUUCUUCUGCUGUGGUAGGAUUUUGCUCUCAAGAAAUGUGCAGCAUAUUCUUGGGCUGUUCCCUGUCAGAGUGUGUCGAGUGUCGGACCAUCAGUUCACGUUACCAAGCAGCCAGCGAUAAGCUUAUCGUCAAUACGAUCCGUCCUAUAGUGAACAUAAAACAGUAUGCACUGCACUCUGUAAUUGUGCUGAUAAU